CGUUAUAUUAUGUAACUAUCAACAUUUUCCUUAACUUCCUCGUGACUUGUUUUGUUUAUUGUACAACAUUCUGUAAAUACUUAAGUGUUACGCAGACGUGUUAAAAGAUCUAGAUCUAGACUAGACUCUAGAUCUACUUAUUACUCUACGAAUUUGUGUAAUCAAACAUUUAAAAAAAUUUUUAAAAUGGACGAACAGUUAGAUCAUAAAACACAAGAAAUAUGGCGAGAAAUCAAUGAAACAAAUCACGGAUACCUGAUCGUCCUUAUUUCUGCCAUUAUUUUCUAUGUUUUAUCGUUGGUUUCGCAUUCAAAUGCACCAGUUGCUUCCAACUCUAAAUGGAAAUGGAAAAAUAUAUCUGUGUCAUUUAUUCAUUCUAUUAUCACCAGCAUAUGGGCUGUCAAUUGCUUCCUUGAGCGUCCAGAUAUGGCAGAAGAUCUUAUCACCACGUACACGUUUUCAUCACAUUCUCUCGUUUCUUUUUCUGUGGGUUAUUUUCUGUAUGAUCUCGUUGACCUCAUUACAUACAAGAGGACCAGACAGUCACUUGAGUUCAUAGGUCACCAUGUGGUGAUAAUAACUUGCUUUAUGGUUGCUGUCUGGACCCGUCACUAUGUUGGCUAUGCAGUGGUUGCUCUCUUGGUAGAAAUCAACAGCAUAUUCCUGCACUCCAGGCAGUUGCUACAAAUCUGUGGUGUUAGCAAGUUCAAUCCAUGGUAUCGUCUCAAUAGCCUUAUUAAUUUAGCUUCUUUUAUCAUUUUUCGCAUCCUGCUCCUUGCUUGGAUGACCAGAUGGAUUGUGAUAAACAAGGACGCCGUGCCCCUGGUCUUUUACUCUCUAGGCAGCGUUGGGCUGGCUGUGAUGAUAGCUAUGAACAUUAUUUUAUUUUAUCGCCUUCUACAGUCAGAUUUCAUUUCGUUAAAAGAUACAGACAAAGCAAGCAAAAAGGUAUCGGACUGAUUGUAUAGUUUGUGUAUUUGUGUAGGGUUGUAUCUGUAUACAUAUAUAAAUAUUUCAUUAGGCUAAGUGAUAUUAACUGUAUUGCUUUUAUGAGCCUUUGUUAUGAAAUCUAUUGACCAUGAACUUACCAUAAAAAUAAAGAUUUCUUUUUUAAUUCAAAAAUUAUUGUGUAAAUUUAUAUGACUUGUAGGAUAACACUUGUGUUUUUAAUUUUUCAUUGCAUUCUUUUACAAAAUAAAAUAUAUUUUGACCAACUUAUAAAUUUGGCUUAAAAAUGACUUUUCCAUAUCUUCAUAAAUGUCACAUCACGCAGAAUAAUGCAACAUAGUUUCUGGGCUGUUUAAAAUUGCUUUCAGUUAAAAUAAUAAAUAUUUAUAUUCUCUCAACAGUACAUUCUAUCUGUAUGUCAAUGUAUAGGUAUUAAAAUAUACAAGUAAAUAAAGCUAAUAAUAUUAUUUAAAAGCAAGUAGGGAAUUUAAAAAUUGUACCAUUUACUUAACAGCAUAAUUGUCCUCAGUUUUUUAUAAAAUUUCUAACAAGCACUUAAAUACUAAUUAAGUCUAAUUAAAAUUUCAUUUAAUUUUUUUUCUUCAUAUUUUACGCUGAAUCAAUUAAUCAGUUUUUUUUAAAAGUAGCAAAAUGUAAUCCAGAAUUUAUGGAUUCAUUGUCCGGUUUAAUUACAAUGAGUGUACAUCAAAAGAGUUGAUUCUUAAAUUAUUUUUUCCUAUAUUAUGAAAUAAACUUAUUUUUUAUGUUAAUAAGGGUUAUGCCCCUUUUUUAUUUCUAAUUUUUUAAAUUCCUUAAAUACAUUGAACAUUCCUUUUAUGGUUAUAUUUAUCUUUAAAAUUUUACACACACUUAUAAGCUAUAAAAAACAGAAGGUAAAAAGUCGCUAGCUUUUUCCAUAA